CACCCAGGAGGUGUCAGCCCAGGCCCAGCCUCCUCGGAGACAACACCCGGAGCCUCAUCUCCCUUGGACUGUGCCACAGGUUGCUGGGGGGGCCGUCUCUGGGGGAACCUGAACUAGGCCUUGGCCCAGUAGGAUGUCCCCGUGUCCUCCCCAGCAGGGCAGGAACAGGGUGACACAAUUGCUGACUCCAGAGCUGGGUGAGAUGGAACUGACGUGGCAAGAGAUCAUGUCCAUCACUGAGCUGCAGGGCUUAAAUGCUCCAAGUGAGCCACCAUUUGAGCCUCCAGCCCCAGCCCCAUAUGCUGGGCCCCUCCCACCUUCAACGUACUGCCCCUGCUCAAUUCACCCUGAUGCUGGCUUCCCUCUCCCUCCACCACCCUUUGAGUUUCCAACACCCACAUCCCAUAUCCCAGAGCCCCCAUACUGCUAUGGUAACUUGGCCAUCCCAGUCUCUAAGCCACUGACCCUGUCAGGCUUGCUUAGUGAGCCCCUCUCAGACCCACUGGCUCUCCUGGACAUUGGGUUGCCUGUGGGGACACCCAAGCCCCAAGAAGACCCAGAGUCAGACUCAGGAUUAUCUCUUAACUAUAGUGAUGCAGAAUCUCUUGAGCUGGAGGGGCCGGAGGCUGGACGGCGGCGCAGCGAGUAUGUAGAGAUGUACCCAGUGGAGUACCCUUACUCACUAAUGCCCAACUCCUUGGCCCAUCCCAACUACUCCUUGUCACCUACUGAGUCGCCCUUGGCCUUAGAGUCCUCCUCAGGCCCUGUGCGAGCCAAGGCCAGCGCCCGGGGCGAGUCAGGGAGUCGGGAUGAACGGCGGGCCCUGGCCAUGAAGAUCCCCUUUCCCACGGAUAAGAUUGUCAACCUGCCAGUAGAUGACUUUAAUGAGCUGCUGGCAAGGUACCCACUGACGGACAGCCAGCUGGCGCUAGUUCGGGACAUCCGACGUCGGGGCAAGAACAAGGUUGCUGCUCAGAACUGCCGCAAGAGGAAGCUGGAGACCAUCGUGCAGCUGGAGCGGGAACUGGACCGGCUGGGCAGUGAGCGAGAGCGGCUUCUCCGGGCCCGGGGGGAGGCUGACCGGACCCUGGAGGCCAUGCGCCAACAGCUGACUGAGCUGUACAGAGACAUCUUCCAGCACCUGCGGGAUGGAGCUGGCAACAGCUACUCCCCUGAGGAGUAUGCGCUGCAACAGGCUGCUGAUGGGACCGUAUUCCUGGUGUCCAGAGGUGCCAAGACGGAAGCCACAGACUGACUUGACUCAGCGGGUGGGAUUGGUAACAGGAUUUCUUUCAUUCUAGUAAAGGUACUCCCCAAUCCUGAGCCCAGAAGAAACUGGGUUCUCUAAACCAGAGUGGACAAUGGAUACACCUGCCAUUUAGAGGCUUGGGAAUGGGAGUUCCCAAAGUGGGCAAUACUACCUGACAGGGUGGGAGCAGGUUGCAACAGUAGACAGCCACAUUUGAACCUGGAUUAUGGGUUACAGUACAAGUUUUCAUUGCAAGGGGGCACUGAAUACAUUUCUGAAAAGGGAAUGGUAGGUCAAAUUAG